UUUUUAGUGUGCAUAAAUAGUGAGCAUCGCCAAGUGUUAUCCGCUUAGUGAGCGGAAAACUGGAAUCAAGCAGAGGGGAGGAGGCCCUUGAACGCAUCUUCGUAGAGUCGUCAUCAUGAUGUCCUACUUGAAGCAGCCCCCCUACACAGUCAACGGGCUGAGUUUGUCUGCCCCCGGGGUGGACCUGCUGCACCCUUCUGUGGGAUAUCAAGGGACGCCGAGGAAGCAGAGGCGGGAGAGGACCACAUUCACCAGGGCCCAGUUGGACGUGCUGGAGAACCUGUUCACCAAGACCCGAUACCCGGACAUUUUCAUGAGGGAGGAGGUGGCUCUCAAGAUCAAUUUGCCUGAGUCCAGAGUACAGGUUUGGUUCAAAAAUCGAAGGGCCAAGCAUCGCCAACAGGCCCAGCAGACCCAAAACGGAGCACCGAGCAAACCGUCUAGCACUAGGCCGGUGAAAAAGAAAGCCUCUCCGGUCCGGGAGGCCAGCUCGGACAGCGGGGCUAGCGGUCAAUUCACGCCGCCCUCCAACGCCUCUCUUCCGGCCGUGAGCAGCGCAGCGGCGCCGGUGUCCAUCUGGAGCCCGGCUUCAAUCUCCCCUCUAUCCGAUCCCAUGUCCACUUCCUCGGCUUCCUCCUGCAUGCAGCGCUCCUACCCGGUGACGUACACCCAGGCCACGUCGGGCUACAACCAGGGCUACACGGGCUCGUCAUCAUACUUCCCCGGCAUGGACUGCAGCUCGUACCUCUCACCGAUGCACCACCACCAUCAACUUAGCUCCGCCAUGAGCCCCAUGGGCAACGGAGGCAGCGGCGCGGUGUCCAGCCACCUAAACCCGGCGUCCUCGCUCUCCUCGUCGGCGUAUGGCUACGGAGGUACCGCGGACUGCCUGGACUAUAAGGACCAGACGGCUUCGUCCGCAUGGAAGCUCAACUUCAACGCGGAUUGUUUGGAUUACAAAGAGCAGCAGGCGGCAUGGAAGUUCCAGGUUUUGUGAUGUGACUUCCAGGCCCCGGAGGACCCAGCCAGAGGCGGCCGGGGGACUCUAUUUCUACCUCGGGCGGACAAAGCAGGACUGCGGCCUCUUUUUUUCAUAUGAGAAUUCACAUCCAACUUUGAUCAAGAACAUGGAAGAUAAAACGCGAGCAGAGUCAAGAGUUAAACUCUUUUUGUGGGGUGGAAACUUUUAACUCCUUCCUUAAUGUGAUCAAAGAUGGUGUGAGACCUCUGACAUGGAUGCACUACUUAAUUUAUAAGAAACGUGUUAAAAAACAAAAGACAAUCAAACCCCUCCCUUUAUUUUUGUCUCCCACUUUUCUGUUUUCAAUGUUAUACUAGAUUUUCUUCUUUUUUCUUUGCUAUUUUUGCAAGCAGCUGUGAAUUUCUCCACUGUUGAAUGAUAAAUUAUUAUAGUAAAAGGGGAAUAUGCAGCUGUACAAAAAAAAAAAUCACACAGGACAAUAAAGAAUAAACAUGAGCCAACUUGCAUGUGUACAUACAUUUGCUGUU